CACCGCGACCCAGGAUCUGGGACCUGGUUGUCAUGUGGUUGGGCGGCUGCCCGUGGCUCCCAGUUCUUCUGCAAGGGUACCUCAACCUCCGGCGCCUCAGCGCUGCCAGGAUUUGGGGUAGUUGUUGGGGUUCGAUGGCGGAAACACUCUCGACUGGGGCCGAGGCAGCGACCGGGCUGAGGGCUCUGGCUCAACAAAACGGAGACGCUAGGGGCGACGCGAGGGGUGAGCGGCCCUCCGGGAGCCCGGAGCCGGCCCCGGAGGACGGGAAGCAGACCCCACUGAGCGAGGAGCGGGCCCCGAUUGCAGCUUCGGGCCCAGGCAAGCGUAAGAAGCGACGGGACGCCACCAGGGAGCGCGUCGUGCCACCCCCGAAGAAGCGGCGGGCGGGGGUGAGCUUCGGCGAUGAGCACUUUGCAGAGACCAGCUACUACUUCGAAGGCGGCCUGCGCAAAGUGCGGCCUUAUUACUUUGACUUCCGGACCUACUGUAAAGGCCGCUGGGUGGGGCACAGCUUGCUGCACGUCUUCAGCACAGAAUUCCGAGCCCAGCCCCUGGCCUACUAUGAGGCCGCAGUCCGGGAGGGGCGCCUGCAUCUCAACGAGGAGCCGGUGCAGGACCUCAGCAUUGUGCUCAAGGACAAUGACUUCUUGAGGAACAGAGUGCACAGGCACGAGCCACCAGUCACAGCAGAGCCCGUCCGCCUGCUAGCUGAGAAUGAGGAUAUGGUGGUUGUAGACAAGCCUUCUUCCAUUCCUGUCCACCCUUGUGGCCGCUUCAGACACAACACUGUCAUCUUCAUCCUGGGCAAGGAGCACCAACUCAAGGAGCUACACCCAUUACAUCGGCUUGACCGCCUUACCUCCGGGGUCCUCAUGUUUGCCAAGACAGCGGCUGUCUCAGAGAGAAUUCAUGAGCAGGUUCGAGACCGGCAGCUGGAGAAGGAGUACGUGUGCCGGGUAGAGGGGGAGUUCCCUACUGAGGAAGUGAUCUGCAAGGAGCCCAUCUUGGUGGUAUCUUACAAGGUAGGGGUGUGCCGCGUAGAUGCUCGGGGCAAGCCCUGUGAGACAGUGUUCCAGAGACUGAGCUACAAUGGACACUCCAGUGUGGUGCGGUGCCGGCCACUCACAGGCCGCACUCACCAGAUCCGAGUCCACCUCCAGUUCCUGGGCCACCCCAUCCUCAAUGAUCCCAUCUACAACUCAGUUGCAUGGGGCCCCUCCCGGGGCCGGUGCGGCCAUAUUCCCAAGACAGAUGAGGAACUGCUUCGGGACCUUGUGGCAGAGCACCAGGCCAAACAGAGCCUGGAUGUGCUAGAUCUCUGUGAGGGCGAUCUGUCCCCAGGACUCAUAGACUCUACAGCUCCCUCCUCAGAGCUAGGCAAGGACCACCUAGAAGAGUUGGCUACAUCUGCCCAGAAGAUGGAUGGAGCAGUCAAGGCAGCUCCUCAGAAUCUGGACACAAUGGCCUUGGCACCAGAGAAGACAGCUGAAACAGAUGUUGUGAAUCAAGAGAUAGACCCCCUUUGUGCAGAGUGCCGGCUGGUGCGACAGGACCCCUUGCCCCAGGACCUUGUGAUGUUCUUGCAUGCUCUGCGCUAUAAAGGGCCAGGGUUUGAGUACUUUUCACCCAUGCCUACCUGGGCACAGGAUGACUGGCAAGAAGACUGAGGGCUAUGGCCAGUGGAGGGACUGCUGCUUGAAUUGGAAGAGGAAUGGGCCAUGGAGUAGGAGCUGACCUCAUGGGCUGGUACUCAGGGUUUCUACAGAAGUGAGGUUGGGCUCUUAGGAUCUCUUUAUACUCUCUACCUCCUCCUUUCCUCUCCCUCUAGCUAGAGUUAGGGAGCUUGUUGGUUUGUAAAUAUAUCCCUUUUUUUGACACCUUGUAUGUCUGGUUUUCUUAAUUUUUUUUUAAAUUGAGGUAAAAUUCACGUAAUGUACAAUUAACCAUCUUAAGAUACACAGUUUAGUGAAUUUAGUACAUUCACAAGGUUGUGCAAGCAUCACCUCUUGUCCAGUUUGAAAACAUUUCCAUCACCCAAAGGAAACCCAUACCCAUUAAACAGUCACUCUUCAGAUCCCCUUUCUCCUAGCUCUAGUGACCAUUAAUCUACUUUCUGUCUCUAUGAAUUUGCCUAUUCUGGACUUUUCAUAUAAAUCGAAUCAUACAGUAUAUGACUUUUAUGUCUGUCGUCUUCUGCUUAGCGUAAUGUUUUUAAGGUCUGUCCAAUUUAUAGCAUGUAUCAGUACUUCAUUCCUUUUUCUUUUUCUUUUUCUUUUUUUAAGAUUUUUAUUAGAGACUUUCAAUGGGUAUGGGAUUGUUCUCAGUUCUUUUUUUUUUUUUUUUAAGAUUUUAUUUAUUUGACAGAGAAAGAGACCGUGAGAGGGAA